CAGCGUCGUUCGCAAGCAGCCUCAGGCGCACCAAACACACAAGCAAGCGGCGAGCGCACGCAAAACAAACAACACAAAAUCCGAUUUGAAACACACUCGCGACGUUUGUUGAAUCAAUGCAACUGACGAAAGUAUUGUGAAUUUGUAUAGUGGACAACACAGUGCCCGAUCUGGACAGGACUAAAACCUCGGACGUGCGAUGAGCGGUAACACUGACUUAAGUCUCCUCUUACUUUACUGAACAACUGAAAAGCAAACGCAAAUCAUAUCAAUUUAAUUAUUCGUGUAAUAGAUUCGUGUACAAUUCAUAUUCGUAAUAAUCGACUUGAAAUAUUUUUCGACAAAUCCAACUAGUGGGCAUUUGGAGAAGAUUUGGUGAAGAGAAUUUGAUUUCCUCACGAUUUUUUGCUGUUUUACUGCGUUACUGCCGAGCGCACCCAUUCGAUACACUGUGGGGCGGCGGCAACAAGUGGAAACACACCAUAUUAUAACUCUUUCUCACCCUCCGGCGGGCGGCAAGUCUAAUAAUAGUCAGCGCCUACCCAAAGUGAUUUAAAAAGACCUCGAAAAGUGAAUUAUUUCUGUGUUGAAUUUGCUUCUUCUAAGCGUUAAGAUUGAACCGCCGGGUGAAUUCGCACCGCCGCUAAGAGGGCUGAUGGUUCGGGCGCGAUGAUCACCUGAAACCCCAUCGCUAGCACCAUUGUCCUCCACCAUACACUUUGCAUCCGCUGUUCCACGGCUUUCAACAAACAGCAGGGCCUAACAAGUCCCAACCGGAACCGCCGCUCGCCUCCCCCCUGGAGUAGUAGCCAGAAUGUGGGCCGUGCUGACGGUGACGGUCUGGGUGCGUGCCCUUGCCACCCCGCAACCGCUUCAGUCACCGCAGCAACAGCAGGUGCAGGUCCAAGCACAGACUAAACCUCUAGCUCCAGCGGCGAAUCAUUUAAAAAUUCGUAAACGCUCUGAGUUGCCACGCGAUUGGAACGAAUGGAACGAUGUGGAUUUCAACUCGAAUAAUCAAAAUCAACGAUUUGCGUAUGCGCCAAACUCGAAAGUCGACUUUGGGAAUCCACUGGCGGGGAUUGCGGCGUCGACGUCGUUCUUCGGUGUGAAUGAUUGGCAGAAGCGGGAUGGAGGCGGCGAGGGAGGCGGCGUGCAUCCGCCGCAGCUCAUGUUGCGGUCACCGCGUGCCGGCAGACAGUAUGAUGUUCCACAAAUAGAAUGCCCACCAGCGCCAGAUGGAAUGGAGCGGUUCGCGUGCCCGACGCCUGAUCGUCAAGGUCGUUACCAUUGCAUUGAUGAUCACGUGUUAUGCGAUGGUUUCAUUGAUUGCCCAUCGGCGGAAGAUGAAGAUCGACAGUCGUGCAUGUUCUACAAGACGACAAAAGCGCAUCUGGAUGUACUGGCGGACGCUCUGCUACGAUGGGCGAGAGGGCGUUAGUUGCUCUAACCACCCGCGCCACCUAUUGAAUCGACACGAAACCCUCGGACAGAAUACACGCAACCAAACACACACCCAACACACAUAAUGUAUUUUGUUAAACUAUAAAUGAACAGAUAACCCCCAGCAUUUACAAUCUCACCGUGUUUACGUUAAAAGAAGACGUUUGCGAGAUUAUGACUACUAUAAACAAUUAGUUGAGCUGGAGUUGAGGCGAGGAAUAAAACGUAUACUACAUACAGAAAUGCAAAAUAUGGGAGAAAGUGAGCAUCCCAACAUACACAAAGCAGAAUUGCAUAAAAAUGGAAGGAGAAAUGAUAACAUUUAAGGUAUAUUAUGAAAUUUAUUAGUUCGUAAGCGAUUACUAUAUAUUUACGAGGUUAUAAAAGCGAGAUGAACAUGUGAGACACAUUUCAGUCAUUUCAAAUGUAAAACACCCAAACUAUACGAAGCGCGUGGAUGAACAAAACCCCAACAAUUAUUAAAUUAUUAAACUAAACAUUAUCUCUGCUUCGACUUGGAACAUCGAUCGAUCUUCAGCGCUUACCAAAUUACCAUCAUUCCCAGAACAAAAAAAAAACACGCAAAAUUUGAUAGCUCUUGAAGCGCUCGUCUAGUCAGGUCCGAGCAUUUCAAGAGCCUCUCAGAAAUAUUUUCCAUUAUCAUCACAUUUUCACUCCUUUCAUGAUAUAUUUACUUGCGUAGCGAACAUUUAACUUGUGAGAACAAAGACUAAGUAUUAACACGCAAGCCCACACAUGCAGAAAGUGAUGACGUUUUUGUUUAACUUUCAAUUUAGUGUAGAAUGACAACAUAACAAAAAAUCAACUAAACCAAUAACAAUAUAUUGUUUAAGUUGAUUUUUUUGAUGUUUUCUCAAGUGUUUGAAACUAUUUUCAGGACAGGUAAAUUUUUAGCAAAAAAAAAUUACGAUGUUAAAAAUAUUUUUGAAAAUUUAUUGAAAAACAAGGAAAAAAUGAUCAGUAACCAUCCAAAUGUUAAUAAUUAUUAUAAUAAUUCAUAGUAAUUUAGCAUAGUUUAAAAAUAUAGUAUAAAAUAUUCUAUAUAAUAAACAGAAGGAAAAAAAUUUGAAAAAAAAAGUGUGCUUUCGAUGUUUCUCGUUAAUAAACAUUAAAAAAGUCGUGUACGAGCACAGUAAAACAAUAUUAUUCAAUUCUAUCUACAAUUACAUUAGAUCUAGAUCUACAUCUCUAGUUUUGAUGUUCAAGUUUAGCGAAAAAUGAGAAAAAAAAUGCAAAAAAUAUUUGGAUGUGUUCAACAUGUGCAUUUGGAACUUUUUAUGCAAAGUCUUGGAGGCUGGACCAUCGUGCUUAUAAUCUUACUAUAAAUAAAAUAAAAUAAAAUUUAUGUUUGUCGAUGGUAUCGGGCGAUGGCCGCGCACAGAUGCGGUUCAUCCUGAGCCACCGAAGCCUAUCCGCAGACAUAUUUCAAUACCGAGACGUUUAAGCAUGAUGGUUUUUUAUAGACUAAUAAAAUGUUUUCAAAUGAUAAUAAAACACAUUUAUAGAUUAAUAAAAAAAACAAAAAAUUUAUAAAAAUUAAUUUUAACAUCGUAAUUUUCCAAUUUAUUGAUUUUUUUUCUCUAAAUACAAGUCUGAUAUGCUACAUAUGAGUCUGAAAGCAAAAAAGAAAUAUUCAGAGACGAAAAUAGUCAACACUCAUUAGCAGGCAUGUUCAUUAACUAAUUAGUAAAAUGAUUGAACAUUAUUCUGCUAGAUUAGUUGGUAUGGCGAUUGCGUUUCGGGGCCGAUAUUAAUUGAGACUAAUCAAUUAACUAAAACAGAAGAAAAAAAAAACCACACAUAAUAAAAGUCUGACUGUAUUGCUAACCGAAUUAGUUUUUAUGUUUUCUUCGUAACACAUCGGCCUACACUAAAAAAAAAAAGAAGAAAAUCCUCUCUUGUAUUCGAUCUGCGUAUAUUUUUAGCUCGUAAGUGGCAAAUUGAAGAAACAACACAAAUUGCCGCGUAAUGAAUUAUUGAGAAACGAUUUCGAAAUCGAAUCGAAAUCGCGUGUGCGCGAAAAUAGCGAAUCGAUUUGCGCCGAGUGCCGCAUGCAAUUGAUUUAAUGCACUUAUAAUUAUAAUUACAAGCGUUGAGUAAAUAUCUAGUACCUUUCUGCGUGGCGCGUCGCGCGUAUUUUACGAUGUUAUGGUAAGAGUGGAAAGCGGAAAACUUCCGACAUGUUUACCGUCCCGCGUACGUGCAUUCCGGAGAUAUAUCGGUCAGAGUCAAUAACCUGGUUUGCUCUUGCUAAAUUAUUCCUGUCCUCGUUUUAUGCAUCUUGCGACUUGCCAGCCAGCAUGAGGGGCGGCAGUGGUGUGGCGGCGGCGGAGGGAAAAUAAAGGUCCGCGCUGUUUUCGAUGCAAGUUUUCGAUAAAAAUACCAUUCAUCAAUCGGCUUCAGUGUAAUAACG